AAUGCAGCACGACCGAGGGAGAGUCGCUCUCCCAUGCACGGCGGCGGCCAGGGUAUAGUCUUCGGGGCAGACCCCACAACUCCCUCUUUCUUUUGCCGCUUGUUUUGCUGUUUCCAUAUUCAGCAAAAAUGGUGCGCAUCAGCGUCCUGGGCGAUGCCCUGAAGACCAUGUACAACGCUGAGAAGCGCGGCAAGCGCCAGGUGCUGCUGCGCCCCGCCUCCAAGGUGGUCAUCAAGUUCCUGUCGCUGAUGAUGAAGCACGGCUACAUUGGCGAGUUCGAGUACGUCGACGACCACCGCUCGGGCAAGAUUGUCGUCGAGCUGAACGGCCGCCUGAACAAGUGCGGUGUCAUCUCUCCCCGCUACGACAUCGGCCACUCCGAGAUUGAGCGCUGGGUGGCCCGCCUGCUGCCUUCUCGUCAGUUCGGCAUCAUUGUCAUGACCACCUCGGCCGGCAUCAUGGACCACGAGGAGGCCCGCCGCAAGCGUGUCGGUGGCAAGGUGCUGGGCUUCUUCUACUGAGCAGCUGGACCUGGCGCGCUGGAGCAGCAUGCGGGUCUGGGAUCUUGUGAGCCGAGGGCGAUGCGGGGAGGAUAGCGUGCAGUUUGCAGCCGGCGUCAGCUUCGCUGCUACUCGCAGCCAAAGCAGCGUCGGUCUGGCUGGAGCUAUUAGCGCUCGGCGCCUAGCUUUCUCGGAGGACUUAAGAGGCGGCCUUUUGGGGGCAGGGGCGAGGAGCAGGGGAGGGCGGACGGCUCCGCUGUCGUCCUGCGUAUACCAGACUUUCAGCGAGCUGUAACGGCUGAGAAAGUGCAUUUGACGAUAAUGUGGACGCCUCGUGCGUACCCGUGUUUCGUCGUUCCGCUUUUCCACUUUUCUCAUGCCGGUUAGGACCAGCCGCAGCCAGCAUCAGCUGAGGAGCUAUCGGACAGCAGCAAUAGCAGCACAGCCACAACAGCGUUAGGCAGCUAGGCGGGUUUGGCAGGGGUGGCAGAGGUCCUCUGCUGCUUCCGCUCCGCCGCGGCGGUGUGCCGGCGCGAGCUGCCCCUCGGGCGGUGGGCCUGGCUGGCUGCAUGGCGUGGCGCGGCAUGGCGUGGCAGGCGUGUGUGCGGGCGCCUCAGGCAGGCAGCAGCAGCAGGGCUCAGCCCAAAACCAUCAUGGCCAGGUGGGAAACAGGGAGCUGGGGACGGGGCUCAGAUGGGGCUCAGGGGCUGGGGCAUGCCAGCUAUGAGUCGAGAGCCGGGCUCUCGCAGAUAGGAAAGUGACAAGGAAAGUCGCUUCUAGUUGGCGGGCGCAGUUUGGACAGGAAGAGAUACAGCUGCUUCUGUAUUGCGGGUGUCAGCGCAUUCAUGCUUUCGCCAAGACACAGCCAGCAUAUGUCAGCCGCCGCGUCUCUCAUUCAGGUACGUGCUGUUGCUUGCCUGCUUGCUUGUCUGCAUACCUGCUUGCCUGCCCGCCGACAGUGUUGUGCACUGCUCAUGCUGUUCGUCAGCGGUUGAAUGCUUGUCGAAGACAGUGCGCGUACGUUGACUAGUGGAGCUAGCGGAACUACGCCUCAGCGACACGCCUCAGCGAGUAGAGAUUGCAUUGUGGCAAGAUGGACCUGCUGACCCAGUUCAUUAGCGCGAGUAGAGCGCCGGGUCGUUUGUGACGGAUGCAGCAGGUGUGCGACGUGGUACAUGCUCUCGUACAGAUGUGACGUUUGAUGCGUGCCCCUAGAUGCACGGCGUGCUCUUGCUGUUGAGUGCGCGGGCGGUCGAGGCUGUGCAUGAGGGUGGCAUGUUAGUGGUGUCCUUCACUAAGAUGUAACCGGCAUAAUGU